AUGAACAACGCUGAAUUAAAGGUUGUAUUAAUUGGAGAUUCUGCAGUAGGAAAAACAUCCCUUUUCCUUAGAAUGAAAGGCGAUGAUUUCCUUGAUGAACAAAGUCCAACAAUUGGCGUAUCUUGCUCAAUCUUUCCAGUCAGUACAGAAAAAGGAGUUGUUGAAUUUAACAUGUGGGAUACUGCUGGCCAAGAAAGAUUUAGAAUUAUUGUUCCAAUGUAUUUCAGGAAAGCAGCAGUAAUUCUUAUUGUUUGCGACAUCUCCUUACGUUCAUCAUUCGAAUCUAUUCCAGAAUGGGUCAACCUUAUUAGAGACAAGGCUCCAGAUGAUGCUAAACUUAUUAUUGUUGGAAACAAAUGUGAUCUUCGUAAUGAAAGUUCAGUAUCAUUAGAAGAACUCUGCAAUAUGGGUGAAGAAUACAAUGCAAUUCUUACUCUUGAAACAUCUGCUAUGAACGGCAUCGGAAUUGACUUAUUAAAGGAAACUAUCGCUGAUCAAGCAUUUGUUGUCCAAUCGGCAACAGAACCAUCUAACAAAGUUGAUAUUACAACUACGGAAACACCGAAAGACAAAAAUAAGUCUUGCUGCUAA